AUGGAUACCUAUCCUGACGUUGCUGAACACGAAUCCAGUGCGAAACGAAUUAAACUCGACCUAAGAGAGUCGAAUAUAGGUGAAUUGUGCAAUGGGGGCGAUUUUUCUAGUUAUUCCACAUCAGCUGGCGGCCCGAUUGACAUCCCCGAAGGAAUAUCACCUGAUUGCGAUUCCGGUUAUGAAGCAUCCACGUUAGAAUCAAUUCCAACUUCUUCACACCAGACCUCACCUCACACUGACCCCGGCGAUGUCCCAGAGAGUUUAUCCAGUCUUUCCGAAAUAUUUCUAACACCAUCCCGAACAGAUCAAGCGGACACAUCUCAGGACAGUAUCGAAGCCGACGAUGACAAUGCCUCCACAGUUAGCGAAAUAAGCGGUCUUUCGGACCUCUCUGGACAAGAUUGGAAACCAAUGGCUGGCAGCAUGAUUUGGAUUCAAAAACAGAUGCAAAACGGCGUGAAUCCCCGAACGCUGCUGAGCGAUCUGGGUGUGGAUCUGGAUCAAGUGCCGCAAUAUGUAGACGAAAUAACUCUCUGGAAAUUAAUUAUAAACAUGUUGGCCGAGCCGCCACGACGGAACAAAUUGCGACAUGUUAAUACUUUGGACGAUGUAGUUCGAUUGGUUAAAGGAGCACAAAAUAUAAUAGUUUUAACCGGCGCUGGAGUGUCUGUUUCGUGUGGAAUUCCAGACUUUCGAUCACGUGAUGGGAUUUACGUUCGACUGGCGAUAGAUUUUCCAGAUCUUCCAGACCCGCAAGCAAUGUUUGAUAUCAGCUAUUUCAGUCAAGACCCUCGGCCCUUCUUCAAAUUCGCACGAGAUAUAUAUCCAGGAAAAUUCACGCCAAGUCCUUGUCACAGAUUUAUAAAAAUGUUGGAAAACUACGGCAAACUCUUGCGUAACUACACCCAAAACAUUGACACACUCGAAAAAGUUGCAAACAUAGAAAAAGUGAUCGAAUGUCACGGUUCAUUCGCAACCGCCACUUGCACAAAAUGUGGCCACAAAGUCACCGCUGAUGCUAUCAGAGAGAUAGUUUUAGCGCAGCAAAUUCCACUUUGUGAAAAAUGUCAUCCGGGAAAAACUUCCGUUCCUUGUAUAGAAGAACAUAAAGAAAACAGUGAGGAAAUAGAUUAUAGACAACUUGUGUCUUCGGGAAUCAUGAAACCAGACAUUGUGUUCUUUGGCGAGGGACUUCCAGAUACAUUCCACGAAGCGAUGGCUCAAGACAAGACAGAGUGCGAUUUGCUUUUGGUUAUUGGAAGUUCGUUGAAGGUGCGACCUGUUGCCCUGAUUCCCAGCUCGUUGCCUCCUCACGUUCCACAAAUUCUGAUCAAUCGGGAGCCUUUACCGCAUUGCCAUUUCGAUGUGGAGCUGUUGGGAGAUUGCGACGUCAUCAUCAACCACUUGUGCCAUUUGUUUGGCGGUGUUUGGAAGGAAGGCGUUUUCGACGACAACAUGUUGGAAGAAGCCUCGCAUUUGCUUCCAUUGCAAGAGCCGAGUUUCGACAUGACUCCUCCUUGUGUUAAAAGUCAAACCGAGCCAAAUUGUACAGAUGAUAACUUAGAGAAAGCUAGCCCGUGUUUAUGCAGUACAAAAUGUAGUAGUUCCUCAACAGUAGAAAAAGACGAAGAGUUAACCCUUGAAUGUAGUUGCAACAAACAAACGUCAAUUAUUAAUAAGCAAUCCUUGCUGGAUUCGGACCUUGUCAAUUCAUUAGAUUUAAAAUCGGUCAAAGAACGCCACAUGUCAGUGGAUUCUGCGCGGGAUUCCGGCAUCGGAGACAAUUCGAAUUUCACCGAUUUGGAGACGAAAUACGACGACACAUCGGAUGAAAACCCGGAUUUGGGCGAAUACAACACAAACACUAACACUGCUAGUGAUCCUCAAUUUACAAACAUAUCGAAUGAUGAAGCGAACAAGACGAAUACAUAUUUGGAAAGUACAACAAACACUUCAGAUCUGAAAGGUUUCUGGCAACCGAAAAUCAAGAAAAGCCUUGCGGAACGAUUGCCACCGAAAUCGUUCUAUCUUGUCAAACCGAGCCGAUAUAUUUUUCCAGGCGCUGAGAUUUAUUACGACCCUGAUGAAAAGUUUGGUUAUUAUGAGGGUUCAUCGAGUUCGAACAACUCUGACAGCGAGUCCGAAAACGGUGAACCAGUCAGUAAUUAGUUCUAGUUUAUUACUUAAUUUGUUUUGUUUUUGUUAUUAAAUUCUUAAGCAUUUUGUUAUCACCGCAGCCUCUUUGAUGGAUUGGGACCCGAUUUUACACUUCUAACAACAUACAGGGCGACCCACGGUUCUGCUAUUUGAAAUAUUGCCGUCCUGUGUUCAUUGUUGAUUGAUAGAUGGAGUAAAAUUUCACAAACUAAAAUUAUGCUAAUUAUACACAGGGUGGUGAAUUAGUUAUUUUUUUUUUAAAUGGGACACUAUAUUUUCGCAUGAUUGUACUCUACCUGAAAAAAUAACUGAACUUUGUGUAAAUUAUUAGAGAUCUGUCUCUUUUCAAUUCGGAAUUAUUUAACUUUUCGUUAUUAAAAAAGAUGAACUUUUGAAAAAUUACUACAGAAAAAUUUGGAACACCUUGCAAAUAAUCGACUUUUUUUAGUUAACAUACAGGUUGUGCCAAAACACAAAAAGUUAAAUAACUCAGUCCUGACCAGGUUCACAUAAAAGAAUUAAGAAAAAUCUUUUUCUUUUCUAUGAAGUCAAGGGUAAGUAUUUUAGGAAGUUGAUUAUUUUUUUAUUCAAAAAAAUUCAUAAAAUAAAUGUUUUGCUAUAACACGUACAAAAUAUAAACAUACAAAAAAUUACAAAUAUUUAUUAGUUUGGUAAAUAAUUAAAACAAAUGCGAAUCUACGAAUUCCAUUAUGCAUAAAACAAUUAUUUUUUUCAUUUAUAACUCUGAUGCCGACAUACUGCAGACUGAACCAAAAGUAACGCAUAAAAUGCAUAUCUUUUUUAAAUGACGACUUAAUUUUCCAUAUAAGUGUUUUAGAUAGUACAGUACAUUUACAUCUAUCUGGUAAGUAAAAAAGAAUUUAAUAAAUUAAAAAAAAAUCAAAAAAAGAAGACAAAGAAAAAUGGUUUUUUCUCUACUUUUUUGUGCUUACGUGUCAUAUUAAAUGUUUUUAUGAUAAUUUGGGACAUAAAAUAUAUAAAAGUAUUGCCACUUAUAAAAUAUAUCAAAAACAAAAACAUAAAGCCCAUUACACGUAAUUGUCAAUAUGUUUUUUAUUUCUUGAAAUUUAUUUUUUUAUUUUGUUUUCAUUAUUUUUCUUUUAUUACUAGAAAGAUAAAAAUAUGUAUUAUCUAAAACAGUAAACAAAAAUGUAAGUUGUCAUUAAAAAAAAUAAUAAUAAGAAUGAAUUCGCGACUCAAAAACGAUUACAACAUGAAUGUCACUAUAACGUCUAAAUGUAGCAUUUAAAAAAUAAAAUCGACCUGUUCAAGGAUUGUUUUUAUAAAUGACUAAUAACAAAGUAUGAGUUUUGUGCGUUACUUUUGGAUCAGUCUGUAUAUCUCGGUUUGAUAAAAUAGUAAAACCUGAGUGGAAAAAAAAUGAAGAAAAAUGAAAAUAUUCACAAUUAUUUGUUGUUCUAUGCAAAAAAAUUGAACUGGAGGCCCAUAUAAUCUUUAAUUAAAUAGUUCCGAAAGUUUAAUAUCUACAAUCGUUGCCCCGAUUUAAAUAAUACAACUCAUUUAAAAAAAAAUCGCACAUUUUAGGUUGGUUCUAACCAAUAUUGAAUUUUUAACGUAAGUGAAACCCACGAUUUUUACGUUUUCAAAAAUCUAUUAUAUUUUUUUUGGAAUCCAAACGUGUCUAACUGCCUUUAUUUUUCUUGCAAAUCUAAGAAAAGACUGCACCUUUAACAUCUGAUAAAAAGUACAAUAUUUGAAAGUUCCGUCAACAUAUAAUUUUAUGGAUUUACAUAAAAAAAUUGAAAAAAGAAGAAAAAAAUUUAUUUUCUUUCCUGUUAUUCAAUCGUCAAAAAAUGUAUUUUCUUACAAGAUAAUUUGUUAAAUUUAAGUAAAAUUCGUUUUUUCACUCUUCAAGACUUUAAAAUGAAAUAAUAAAUAAAUAUAUUUCUUGAAAACCUUAAGAAAGAUGUAAAAAUUUUCUACACAAAUCGCGUAUCAUUAGGAAGCUUAUAUAAAAAUAUUGAAAAACAAAUACAUGGUGUUCCAUUUGAAAAAAGUAAGUUAUUCAACUUUUUGCGCUUAACUUUUCUAAGUUGCAAAAAGAAUGCAAAAAUUAACUAUGGUUUACCAACCUGUGUAUAAUAGCAAAAAUAAUUUUUUAGUUUGUGGGCUUCAAUACGAACGGCAUGGUAAUAUUUCAAGUAACCAGUAAGUUACAGGGGGUCACUCUGUACAAAAAAUUUUUAAGGUUAGGUUAUUUAGUGACGUGCAAGACCGAAGUUCCGUAUCCGUCAAGUGAGCUGUGAUUACCACCAUAUUUUAUGAAAGAUGAUCAUAAUUUGAUAAAUGUGUCACAUAAAAGACGCAUUCAUUUGUGGUCAAAUGAAGGCCCCCAUUAUAGGACAAUCGUAUAUAUGCAUAUGUAUCGAAUAUGUAGGAGUGGGUGCAUUUUAUCGUGUGUCGGUUGCGUUGGUGCAACGGUUUUUAUUGGCUUAUUAUUAAGCUUUUUAUGUAUUGUGUUUUCCACAGCUUCUUCGUGGCGCCAUCUGGCGGCGCGGAGGCUGCGUUUGUUGAUGACAAGAAAUUGUGUUCACUUUCAUAGUUUAUGGUUUUAUUUGCGGUAUUUUUAUUUAUAUUGUUGAAGUGUGUGCGUGUGUGUGAAGAAGCUCAGGGUGCGUCGUGAAAUAAUGAAAAGGAAAUUAUUGAUCUCUAAAAUGUAUUGUGUAAGAGCAAUUUUUCUAGGUUUGGAAAGCUUGUUAAGUCACAGACUGAUUAUUUAGUUUCUCAUACGUGGAUUUUCUCGAGAAAGACCAGUGACGAGUACCUAAUUUUUGUUAGUGGUAAAAUUCCUAGUAAUUAAGACAGUAAGGUUGAUUACAUUCGAGUAAUCGCGCAAUAUUUAAACAUAUUCACUAAACUUAAUCCAUAAAACACUGUUAUUACUAUUGCGGAUCGUAAUAUUUUUCAGACUUUUUUUCUAGAAAAUAUAGUAAGAAUUGCUCUGUAUGUGUACAUGAAAAAAUUGUUAUAAAAGUCUUAUGAUAACAUAAUUGUAUAUAGGAAAUUGACUAAAUUUUCAAUCAGAGCUUUAUUCCAAAUUUUGUUUUUAUUAUUAUGUAUUUUUAUUUUGUCCUUUCUACACCAAAUACGUUGUCAAAGAAGAGUUUAUUUUUAUAUUUUAUUUAUUGUGUGAAAUUUUCUUUAAGCAUUUAUUUUUAUUUCGCUCUGAUUACAUCAAAUAAAUUGUGUUGUCAGUGACAACAAAUUUAGUUUUAAUGGUUGUGCACAAAUCAUAUUUUUUAUAUUAAAUGAAAACAACUUUGCAUUGAUUUUACUACUGUAACGUACUGUAAAAUUAAAUGCUAUGUAAUAUUGUGUGGUAAUUACAAUCUUGUUAUGACUUUUUUAAUGCAGUCAUCUCUGUAUUUUUAUUUCAACAAUGCCUACAUGUGCAGUGUUAUUAUUAGUUCUGUAAGAUAAAUUAGGAUUAUUAUUAUUUUUGUACAAGUAUUUAUUCUCAUUUAUUGCUACAAGUUAGUAUAAACCGUGUAAGUAAAAUUGUUUCAAGUAAUUAUAUGAUAUUAAAUUAUCCUUAAAGUUAUAUUUUGUAAUAUUCUAUUUUCUAAUUUAUAUUUGUGUGUAUAUAUUAAUGUUACUAAAGCAAUAAAAUUUGUUUCUUAUUUGUAAA